GAAUCUACAUACAUUUAUAUAGAAUAGAUUUUCAUUUUUACAGCAGAAUUCAUAGCCCACAGACAUCGUUCGAAAGUAACAUCAAGUAAAAUAUCAAAAGAUUUUAAAAAGUUUGACCCCCCAAAAUUUUUGAAAGAAACCAAAAAAAGAAAGAAAACCCCAAAAGGAAUAUAUAAUAGAAUUAUUCUCGCUAUCCUUUUUCGAUUUGCAUACAAAUUCGUAGUUUUUGUCGUUUCCCGGGUCCAGACAUGCCGCAGUCCCGAGCAUCGGUGCCAACCCAAAGCCAUUCCAGCUCUCAGGUAUAUUCGAAGCCCGUGUUGAAUGAACGAAUAUUGGAGAAUAUCUGGACAAUGAGACCGUUGGGAGGUACAGGUGGUGCUCUCAAAGCCCUGGCCAAGAAUGUGGCCCAACAUAUGAAUCUCAAUAGGAGUACCCUCAAGCGUGUGGUGGCCCAGGUGGUGGCGGAGCAUCAUAAUCUUGGCCAAGUGGAUGACUACAAGGGUCACAUGUAUUAUGCCAAGCCAGAACGUUUAAAUUUCUUAAAUCUCCUCGCCCAAUCCAAGGAGGCACUCGAUGAUCUCCUGCUAUUGGAUCCACGAAUGGCAAAGAAAUUUCAUCGCAAAGAUCAAAACAAGAAGAACUUGAAGACAUCCAGGGUAAGCUCACAAAUUAAAUUCAGGCCAAGAUCCAAGACCAAACUGGUGGCUUCAGCAACGACCAUGCCAAGGAAGGUAUCAAUUCCUACUCCAGCUCGUACGCUUGGCAAAGGUAUUUCCACCACAAAGUUGGUUACAGCUCAGUCAAAGAGAUCACCUCGAAAGUCUGUUCAGACUUUAAAGAAAAUGCCAACAAAGACUCAACCUCUGGUUGUUGUUAAGGAUAUGAAACAAGAGCAGCGAACAGCUUCCCGGACACGUUCACCAUUUCGUUCCCGUUCAGCCUCACCUCAAGUCAAGACCAAACGAACUUCUAGAAUACAGAAAUCCAGUUCCUCUCAUCAUCGUUUGCCAGCGGGUUCCACUCGGAAAACAAUAGGAAUAACCAGGAAACCAACUGUUUUGGCCACCAAAUCAACCAAAAUCACAUCCUUAAACAAGAUCAAAUCCAAGUCGCAGGUGAAGACUGAAAGUAAAGCCAAAUCACCGCUAAAAACCAAGUCGGGCAGGUAUCUAAAACCCAUCAAAGGAAAGUCCUACAAGCAGGUUGAAAAAUUCAAGAGUGAAGACAUAGAUGUAAUAACCGAUACGGAUACGUAUACGGAUACGGAAAUGGAACCAAAGCAAAGACGUCGGGUGAUCAAAUCAAUGACCAAAACCCGUUCCCGUUCCCGUUCCCGUUCCCACUCCCCCAAACGUUACCGUUCCCCCUCACCCAAACGUUACCGUUCCCGCUUCCGGCGCCGCCAACCUUCACCCGUAGCCCGUUCACCCUCUUCAACCACAACAGCCACCACAGUGGUCUCACGUCGUUUCCCCAAGACCCGGCAACAGGAGGAGACUUUAACCGCCAAGGUUUUGACCAAGGCUUUAACCAAAGCUUUGGCCAAGGCAUUCCCACAAACCACCCAAUCGCAGGUGAGAGCACGAGAGGUAGAGAGAUCACCGGAAGAGGCCGAAACACCGGUACAGACAUCCUUCCGGAAUUAUGAUAAACCCUGGUUGGUGCCAAAGAUCAAGACACGUCGCCUGGUUGCCGGUAGCCUGGAAAGGAGUGAGAAAAAGCAGCAGCAAAAGAAGCAACAGCAGCAAAAGCAGCAGCAAAGGAAGCAACAAAAGAAGCAACAUCAUCAGAACGAGCAGCGGCAGCAGGAGGAUGGGGAGGAGCAGGAUCAAGAUGAGGUAAUGAAACCCCGGAAAUCCCGCACUCAUGUGGGUCAUCAGAUGCGUAAAGUGGACUUUCCCUGGUAUACACCAUAUCAAUUUCAGGGUGGUGCCGGUGCCACCCAACAACCAAGUCCGCGUAGCUCCUCCAUACCGCUAAUGGCCAAGAAACGCCUCAAGAGUCAUCAUUUGAGACGAGAGGAGGGAAUUGAUAAAAUAUUAAACUAUGGCUCUGGUUUAUAUCGUCGUCAUCGUGGUGAAUGGAUGCCAGCCAAGAGGACGUCAUCCCAUCAUAUUCCCAAAGAACGUUCAAAGGUCACAAGGCGUUCGUCCUCUCUCCAGGCACGUUGGAAGGUCACCAAGCGUGGCAAAACUGGCAAGAAAUCAAACAAGAAGCAAGCAAAGCCAUCCAUUGAGGGUUUCCAUCUGCCACCGCCUCCACCCUCAGCGGUUAGUUCCGACGAUCGGGUUCGUCCACGUCGCAGGUCACAGUCGAAGAAGCCCAAACCCGUGGAGAGUAGCCUGGGCAGCUAUGCUGAUCUCAUCCAACCCUCCGACUCCAAGGAGGCCAUGAAGCGUUCCAAGCGCCGCCUCAGCAUUGCCUUCAUGUCCAAACACGGCCGGGGAAGUCGUCAUCGUCAUGUCCCGCCAGUCUGGAAAUAGGACAUCUCUUGGUCCUGAAGACGGCCAAGUUCAUUUUUAGUCUCGGAACCCCAUUGAUUUAAUAUCUUAUGUCAGUUUAAUAAUUGAAACUAAAUAAAUUCCAAACUUGGGACAGUGCG